AUGUCUCAGGGUGGUAUAGAGAUCAGCGAGGAGGACAAGAGGCUCCAUAGGGAGGCCGAAAAGAGCCUCAAGGAGGCCAAACUGAAGAUGCAGAAGCAAGUCAAGGUCCUCCUCCUCGGUUCCGGAGACUCCGGCAAGUCUACCAUCCUCAAGCAGAUGCGGCUCAUCCACCGCGUGCCAUUCUCGUCACAAGAGAUCGAGUCCUACCGCCAACUCAUCUUCAACAACCUUACGCAUGGCCUCAAGAAUGUCAUCGACGCCAUGGAGGAUAUGGAGCUGGAAGUUUCACCGGAGAACCAAGACCUUGUUCCCAUCAUCGAGGAUGCGUCUGACAUCAAGGACGGCGAACCUUUCCCCACCGAGUUCCAUGAGAUCCUCAAGCGGUUAUGGGAGGACCCCAACGUCCAGGCCGCAUAUGCGCGCGGUAAUGAGGCGGCGUUGCCCGAAAACCUGCUUUACUACUUCGCAGAUCUCGAUCGAUUAUUUGAUCCGGAGUAUGUACCCAACGAGCAGGACAUCGUUCACGCUCGUGCACGGACAAUCGGUAUCACGGAAACCGUCUUCACCCUGCGCGACCAUGAUAUGCUCAUGGUUGACGUCGGCGGUCAGAAGAGUGAGCGGCGGAAGUGGAUUCAUUGUUUCCAGGAUGUGACAAGCAUACUGUUCCUCGUGAGCUUGAGUGGUUACGAUCAGUGUCUCGUCGAAGACAAGGAUGCGAAUCAAAUGCAAGACGCAAUGACCAUCUGGGACUCAAUAUGCCAUUCGCAGUGGUUCAAACAGACGUCCAUCAUCCUAUUCUUGAACAAGAACGACCUGUUUGAGAAGAAAGUUCAACAUUCGGACAUCAAGAACUUCUUCCCAGAUUAUGAUGGCGAGGCGGGGGAUGCCAAGGCCGGCCGAGAGUACUUCAAGAAACGAUUCGCAAGACUAGCACAGAAGGCCAACGCGAAGGAGAGGGAAAUCUACAUACAUGUGACUACGGCAACAGAUACUGCCAUGUUGCGAGUCGUCAUGGCCGCUGUCGAAGGUGCGUCUCAACUCAUCCUCGUUGUUUGCCCUUGCUAA